AUGGAAAGAGUCAAGGCAAAGAAGGUUUCCAAAAAAUUGCAAGAGUCUUUCCACCAUUCUAAAGAACCCACCUUCCUUAUCAACCAAGCCGUGGUAGCCAGGGACUCCCUUUCCAGCCUUGUACCAGAAGCAGAGUGUGUUGGUUCUGCUGAACAAAUAAAAACAAACCAUCAGAAAAACAGACCGCGCACGGUGACACUCUCAAGAUAUCCCAGUAGGAGAAGGAUGUCAGAAAGCCAGGCCAGCCCUCCUGUGAUCCCAUCCCGCAGGCCUGGAUUCCGUAUCUGCUAUAUCUGUGGCCGGGAAUUUGGGUCCCUCUCACUGGCCAUUCAUGAACCACAAUGCUUAGAAAAGUGGCGCAUUGAGAACAGCAAAUUGCCCAAGCACCUGAGGAGGCCAGAACCCUCCAAACCACAGCUUCUUAGCGGCAGUGGGUCCUAUAACCUCCAGGCGAUGAAUGAGGCUGCGUUCCAGAGUUCCCAGGCUCAGCUGCUUCCCUGUGACAGCUGUGGCCGCACUUUCUUGCCAGAUCGCCUCCUUGUCCAUCAGAGAAGUUGUAAGCCAAAGGGUGAGGGCCCCAGAGCCCCGCACCCCAACAUUUCUGAUGAUUCUGCUGGUCUCAAGAAAGCUGCUAGUGGCAUCCCUGCCCGACCAAGGACUCUGGUCUGCUACAUUUGUGGUAGGGAAUUUGGCACCUUGUCCCUUCCUAUUCAUGAGCCCAAAUGCCUGGAGAAGUGGAAAAUCGAAAACGAUCGGCUCCCCCGAGAACUCCGCCGGCCACUCCCACAGAAGUCCCAGCCCCUUCCAGCUGGUCAGUCCAACCAAGAGUGGCCAAGUCAAGCUCAGCUUGUACCCUGCCCAAAUUGUAGCCGGACCUUUGCCCCUGACCGCCUCCUGAUCCACCAGAGAAGCUGCAAAGCUCAAUCCAGUGGGCCAAAAGUUCAGAAUUUGACCUUAGGGAAAGAAGGUGGCCCAAAAGGGUCCACUAAUUCCAAGCAGCGGAGGAACUCAGCCAAAAGGGCUGGGAGUGAUAAGGUAAUUAAUGCCACAUGA